AUGUCUCUGAAGCUGGAAAUCGAGACAUGGGUUUCGGCCCUCGCAAGAUACGACAACAAUGAAUUCGACGAUGCUCUCGGCGAUUUCGAAAAGAUAUGCGAUACCAGCAAGAUACUGUUUAAUAUGGGCGUCAUCCAUGCCACCCUCGGCGAGCACGAAAAAGCUGUUGAGUGCUACCAGCGCGCAAUUCGUCUCGAUCAAUAUCUCGCCGUUGCUUACUUCCAACAAGGCGUUUCUAACUUUCUUCUCGGCGACUUUGAGGAGGCCCUCGCCAACUUCAACGAUACCCUUCUCUAUCUCCGAGGCAACACGAUGAUUGAUUAUGCGCAGCUUGGUCUGCUCUUCAAAUUGUAUUCGUGUGAAGUGCUUUUUAACCGUGGUCUAUGCUAUAUCUAUCUUCAGCAAAAGGAUGCGGGUAUGCAAGAUCUGACCUUUGCCGUCAAGGAAAAGGUUGUCGAAGACCAUGAUGUAAUUGACGAUGCAAUUCGCGAGGAAGCCGAUGGUUACACUGUUUUCUCGAUCCCAGUUGGUGUCGUAUAUCGACCCAACGAGGCCAAGGCUGCAAAGACCGAAGUUAAAGAUGACCGCCCCGCUGACAACAUUUCGUUUGCUGCCACCAACUUGGUCAAGCCCGGUAUCCAAUCUCGAAGACAACAAUCAGAACCACCGACUAGCAGUCGCAAUGCAUUCCCUCCCACUCCCCCACCAGAGAGCGAUCGUGGCCCGUCCCGCGGCACUUCUGUUCGCAAUGGGGGCAGGCCCACGCUCGCUAGAUUAAACAUCCAACCACAAGAAUCUAAUCGCAAGUACGAAAAGGCUUCGCCCCCAGACGACGGUCGAUCGAAUGCCACGCGGUCGGCGUCAAGCGCUCUGCCUUCUCGGGGAUUCUCCCAGAGAGAGCCGCCGCCACUACAGCGCCGACCCACAAGAACAAUUGAAGAAGAUACUUACGCCAACGGUGAUGUGUACGACAUGUACGCCGGACGCAAAGAGAGAGAAUCGAGAGGUUCGAGAGGCGGUAGCAGACAAGAAGCCCGCCGAAGGCCAUCGGGACGAUAUGACGAUGACGACGAUGGACCAUCGGACUAUGACGAUGGCUCUUUGGACGGGGCUGAAUUCGAAAUGAUUCCCAGCAACCGACGCGCGCCGGGCUCCGUAUCAAACGCCUCACGUAACACAUCAAGACGGCCCGAUGUUCGCAAGUUUCGAGUAAAGGUCCACGCCGAGGAUGUCCGAUACAUCAUGAUUGGUGGGGCCGUGGAGUUUCCCGACUUUGUCGACCGCAUCCGAGACAAGUUUGGCAUGCGCCGUCGUUUUAAGAUCAAGAUUAAAGAUGAGGACAUACCUGACGGCGACAUGAUUACCAUGGGCGACCAAGACGAUUUGGAUAUGGCCAUGUUGAGUGCUAAGGAGGCCGCAAAGAGGCAAAGACAGGAAAUUGGAAAGAUAGAAGUUUGGAUUUUCGAGGUUUAG